GACAGACUGAUAGAGGAGCUGCUGCCACACAGCCUCCACUUUUACGCAUCAGUUGUUUGUGUCGAGGUGUCAAUGCUGAGUUUACCUUGGAUUUGGAUUUUAGACAGAAAUUACGACAAGGGUCUUUACAUCGUAACUCGGUUUUAAGCUCCAUCCAAAGUGAAGCAUACACCAGCGGAGUGUGUGUGUGUGAGUGUGGAGCCAGAAAAGUUUCCGUCAUGGGAGCGCAUGGAUGGAGAUCAGCGCGUCUUGUGUUUGUCGUCUGUGGAUAUUUAGCGUUUUUCUUCGGGGAACUUGUUCCGCGGGCUGAGGCGGGCUGCAGGGGGAGGGAGAGCCCAAACUGCUGCACCGGCCGGAACAACGAAUGUUUUGAAUACAGCAAGAGAAAAACAGUGUGCUACUGUGAUACCUACUGUCAGAAAACCGGGGACUGCUGCGAGGACUAUCAGCGCGUGUGCCAAAUAUCUGCAGCCAUUGACUGUGUGGUGGGAUCUUGGGGUUCAUGGUCAUCAUGCACAGCUCCGUGUGGAGUGGGCAGCACAGAGAGGAGUCGCCUAGUGUCUGUUCCCCCGAGAAACGGAGGCACGCCCUGUCCUGACCUCAAACAGCGUCGAGGAUGCUUUGGAAACAACGCCAUAUGCAGCACUGCCAAAGAGGUGGCAAAGAUCCUGCCUGAUUCUUUCAAGAGGAACUUCAAGGACCCUUGGAGACGACCACACAUGCUGAUGAAGGAGGAGAAGGCCAGUUACUGUGUGUACCUGCGGGUGAAGCAGGCCAGUGCAGCGUGUAAACUCAAACUGUGGAGCGCUCAGCUGGUGAGAGAGAGGCUGGUCUGUGCCGAGUGUCAGAGUGAUGCCAUGUCAAAGUCAAACCGCUGCGGAGGAGACGGCUUAGAAAGUACCCGAACGUUCUGGGCGGCGGCUUCAGUCCCGGGCUGUCAUGGUUCCUGGGUGCGGGAGUCGUCCUCUGAGGGAUGUCGCUGUCCUCCCUACUCUGUGCUCUUCGUGUGAGCCCACAUGCAGUUGCCAGAUAUCCGUACGCAGGGACCAGACUUCCCUCCGCAGCCCAAGGCCAGACCCUCCGAUCCAGAUUACUGGAUGGGUAACUCUAGGAGAUCAGCAGCAUCCUGCCACUUUUUCCUUUCACCUCAUAACUACUGUAUACACACACACACACACACACACACACACACACACACACACACACACACACACACACACACACACACACACACACACACACACACACACACUGUACUGUAUUUACUAAGCACACAGAAAUUCUUGCAUCCAUCUGCAGAUAUUACAGCCACAUUGUUUCCUUCAAAUCACAACAUCUAUGCCUUUUUACCUCUAAAUCUUUGCUAUCUACCUCCAUCAAUGCAAGUGCAUUUGUUAAUGCAUAAUGUAUAAAUAUAUAAAUAUAUAAUUUUGCUUUAUACAUUUUCUACUUUUGAUUGUUUAUGUGUUAUGUAUAUGCGUCUAUAUAGCUAAACUUAUUAGUUAAACAGUUAAAACCCUAAACAGCAGUUGCUGCACCCAGUUUAGCCCCAGCCAGGAUAAUCACCUGCAGGCUGGAGAUGCGGAAAACUGGCUCAUCCAAAUUGUAUCCUAUGCUAGAAUCCUUAAGUCAAUAUAUCUGUGUCUUGCAGUUUUGUCCCUGUUAUUAUUUCCUUUAAACAAAAAAAAACAUUUAUACCAGCAAGUCAGUUGAAUAUCAGGUAUUGAUUCUCAGGUGCUGAGAUGUAUGUCUUUGUCUCCCAUUAAGUCCCUUUUUCCCAUCCGCCUCCAUCUGAUGGUCAAAUGUGUUAGUAGCUCUAAAGAUGUUUUUAGGUUUAGUUUUAAAGACUAAUGGCGGAAACAAUUUCCAUCUGUUUAUACCUAAUGUUGUUGGAGAGGGAAAAGAGCCAUUUAAGAGAAUUUCACUGUGGUUCUCUCUGUCCUCUGUGUCCAAGACAGAAACAAAUUGCUUCUUAACUCUGUUUUCUCUCGCUCCCUGCCCUGCUCAGUCAUCUUACAUCACAAGGGAGUUUUUUUUAUUAGCAACGUGUCAUCCAGUAAACCACAUUAUCGCAUAUAGCCAUGUUACUCCCAUUUUAUUAAUUAGCAGGAUCUCCUCCCGGCGCUCCCCACAAAUCUGAUCUGCACUUCUUUUCUCUCCCUGCCCUUUACUGACUCAGGGUCAGUCAGCUGGCUCAGUACACCUUAUCUUGCACUUCUGCUUUGAGAAGAGGACACAUUUAGUCCCAGUAAAGGUUUUUCUGUGUCUGUGUUUGUGUGUUUAUUUAUUGUAAAACAAGCGAUGAUGUUAUAGUGCAGCACAACAUACUCUGUACACUGUCCAUUAGUGAAAAUAAA